AUGUCUGUGCUGAGAAAAGAAAAAUUGUUUGCCAAUCUUAAGAAAUGUACUUUUUGCACAGAUAAUGUGGUUUUUCUAGGCUUUGUUGUGAGUGCAGAUGGAGUCAAGGUGGAUGAAGAGAAAGUUGCAGCCAUUAGAGAAUGGCCGAGCCCUAAGACAGUGAGUGAAGUCAGAAGCUUCCAUGGCCUAGCUGGGUUCUAUAGGCGGUUUGUCCGUGAUUUUAGUACCUUGGCCGCACCUCUAACUGAAGUCAUCAAGAAAGAAGUUGGAUUCAAGUGGGAGAAAGCACAGGAGGAUGCUUUCCAAGCUCUCAAGGAUCGCUUGACUAAUGCCCCUGUUCUUAUUUUACCUGACUUUUGA